AUGCGUCUAAAUGCUGAGGAUAUCCACAAUAUAGCUGUGGAAGUGGCUAAGGUAAUGAAGAAUGCACAAACCGGUAAUGUUAACCAAUCUGGAGAACGACAUGAAGAAAGCUCAGCAGCCUCCACGCCAGUACAAAGGGAAGGAAUGGGCGAAAGGAAAAACACUAUUGCAACCACGCCACAAGAAGGAAAAGGCGAAUAUUCCAAAGCAAAGGAAUGUACUUAUAAGCACUUCAUGUCCUGUAAACCUCAAUCCUUUGACGGAAGAAAGGGAGCACUAGAAGCUCAAGACUGGCUCAACAGAAUGGAGUCAGUAUUAGACAUAUGUGAGUGUGAUGACCGCAACAAAGUACGGUUCGCCGUACAUAUGUUUGAAGCUGAAGCCCUUCACUGGUGGAACAUUGUGGUCCGAACAGAGGGAAAAGAAAAGGUUAAGGAGAUGAAGUGGGAGGAGUUUAUUCAUAAGUUUCUUGCUAAGUAUUGUCCUCCCAGUGAGACCGAGCAACUGGAAGUAGAAUUCUUUCAGUUAAAAAUGGGAAAUAAAACCUUUCGAGAGUAUGUUUCUCGUUUCAACGACAUAUCUCGACUGGUUUCUUAUUUAGCAUUGACUGAGGAACAACUGAUCAAUAGGUUUAUUUGGGGUCUACCCUCUAAAAUGAGGGUGUUUAUCAAAUCCAAAUCCCCCAAGACUUUUGCAGAAACUGUUGAAGCUGGCGCCGUCAUGGCUGCCGAGAUGAUUCUGCGGCAGGCUGAAUCCCCCGCACCAAAAAGGAAGUGGGAAGAAAGAAAGGGGGACACCCGGAAUAACAACUUUAAAAGGCCUAAAACAUUUCCUCAAUGUCAAAUUUGCAAACGUUUUCAUACGGGGGAAUGUCGUUUUCCUUGUCCAAAUUGUAAAAAGACGGGUCAUGCUCUUCAAGAAUGCAAGGAAAAGAAGAAGUGUUUCAAAUGUGGAGACCCUAACCACAUGAGAUCUGAAUGUCCCGAACUUAAAAGAAAUGAUAGGACACAAUCAAAUCAGCCAAAAGGGCGGGCAUUUGUACUCACCACAGAAGAAGCCAAGACCAAUACAGACGUUAUCACGGUUCUGAUUAGUUGA